AUGGAGAGGGCGUCUCGGGUGCUCUCAACGUGUUCCACCAGCUACACUGUCUUCCAUACGAGGGGUUUCAACCACUCGGAACCGUUCCCACGCCAGCACGCGGACCACUGCAUCAAAAUUUUGCGCAAGUCGCUCAUGUGCGCCGCUGACGUUACCCCUAUGGUGUAUCUGCCUGAUGAGAAAAUCAAAUCCGCUUACAAGGCGGACUUCAACAUGCGAAGAAAGUGCAAGAAUUUUGACAGGAUUCAGCAGUGGGCUCGCGAUCACGCCGCAGCUGCCUGA